AUGGCGGCCUCAAUUACCGGCCCGGAGUUCGGCCAAACCCCAGGGCAGGUAAGAGGCUUAGGAGGAAGGGGAGGCAGCUGCGUUUAUAACGGCGCGCCGGCAGGCGUGGGGCCCGUCGGGCGGUACAGCCCCGCUGGGUGCAGGCGAGCUCGUCGCGGGGACGGCCCGGGGGCCUUUGGGGGGCGCGAGCCAGUCCAGGACGCCUCCCUGGCAACCCGGCCGGCUCCUGCCCACCUCGAGGUCGAGGACGCGCUCGGUCACCUCAGGAGCGGAGGCCCGAGGAGGGAAGGGGACCAGGCCGUGUUGUCGUCACAGAGUCACCCCCUCGAGCUCUCGACGCUCGCCCAUCACACUCAUUUUCGGGGCCCCGGACCACCGGUGGGGCGACCCAAGGGCGAGACGUCUUGGGCUAGUGACCAGAUAAAACGAGAAAGGCAGUUUUUAUGUUUUCGCCUGAAUCCUGCAAAUAUAGACCUCUUAUUAGUGGGUGAUGUCACAGUUCAUUACCUGGCUGAUACUGUACAGAAAUUAUUUUCAAAUAUAGCAAAAGUCACCAUCAUCAUUAGUGACGUGAAGAAGGCAGCAGCACUUGUGGAUGACUGCACAUUUGACAUGGUUUUCCUGAAGCUGACUUCUCCACCAACUGCUGAGGAGCUGGAAGUGGUCAAAUUAAUUAGAUUUGGUGAGGAAAAAAAUACACAUUUGCUGUUUGUUUUUAUAAUCCCUGAGAAUUUUAAAGGUUGUGUUUCAGGGCACGGAGCUGAUAUUGCUUUAACCGAACCACUAACAAUGGAAAAAAUGAGUGUUGUGUUGAAAUACUGGAAAACAUAUUUCUCACGUACUGUUAAGAAUGAAAUUUCUGUGAAGCCUGAACAACCUGAGUUGCCUCUGCAGAAGUCCUGCAGUGAACACCUGGGAUAUUUUUCUACUGAUGUAUUUGCUUGCUCUGAAUCUCUAAGAAACAACAUUGGAUUUGAUUUAAAGGCUCCAUUGUCAAAUUUUGAGAAAAGGAAAAAGAUUUCUCUUCUUCAUUCGAGCAAGGAAAAGCUGAGAAGAGAACGAAUCAAGUAUUGCUGUGAGCAGCUGCGCACCCUGCUGCCGUAUAUGAGGGGGAGAAAGAAUGAUGCAGCUUCCGUCCUCGAGGCCACAGUUGAUUACGUGAAGUUUGUCCGGGAGAAAAUCCCUCCAGCCAUCAUGGGCCAGAUUACAGAAGUACUUCAGAACAAUAGGAGGUUUUGUAAGAAACAACAAAUGCCCAUCCAGCUAUCCGUCCCAGGCACGAUCAUGGCACAAAGGGAAAACAGUGUGCUGAGCAGCACUCACUCACCUGCAUCAGGCAUCAGAGUCCUGACUGAGGAGCGCUUGAAUGUGUACUCUGCUCCUGCCUCCCAGGACGCUGUGGAUGAAGCUGUGAGAGGUCAGUCCAGCUCUGCGUCAGAGAACGCUAUCGGUGAUGUGUAUAAAACCCGAAUCCCCAGCACAGCUCUGUCUCUUAAUUCCUUCCAUGCUGUCAGAUACUAUUCUAAAGUGGUCCCUUCCUAUGACGCAGCUGCCGUAACAAAUCAGAACACUUCAGUGCGUUUCCCAACAGCUGUAGCCAAAGUCUCCAAGUUUCUUCCUCAGCACUGCAAUUCUGUGUUGGGCCAGGCGUGCACAGCACACCCCAACUGUCUGCAACAGUUUUGGGCGUAUUAA